AUGAUUGUUAUAGACGGCACCAAGUAUUCAUGUCAACGUUGUAUUCGUGGCCAUCGCGUCUCCGGCUGUGACCAUUACGAUGAGGAGCUCUUCAUCAUCAAACGAAAAGGACGACCUUCCAGCAUGUGCAUGUACUGCCGAAGAACGCGCCAGGCAAGAAAUAAUAAGAUCAAGUGUGUUUGUGCUGGUCCGUCAGAGAGCUGCGCAAGCCUGACCUGUAAAAACGCCGACAACUCCAAGGGCUGUACCUGUGCCCAGAACAACUCCCAGCAGAUGCAAACUAUUCCUGCUAGCUGUGCACGCGCGCUCAUUGCCUCCGGCAAGCUCGAUAACCGUGCAAGCAACAACUUUAGGAGCUACCCCUCUCAGAACGAAGCCACUCAGCGCACACUUGCAUACGACGAACGGUCGACAACUUACCCGAACACGGACCCGUAUGCCCCUCUUAGUCCUCCCGAGUCUAUGUGCAGCGAUAACUCUGAUAUCAGGAGCGUCGAUUCUAACAUGAACUCCCCCCGCAUCUCCGACAGUGUCCUCGAGAACAUGGGUAUGAACAGCCUGUCGAGCAGCAACGACGUGCCCUUGAGGCGAUCUAUCCAGCCAAGUACACCCUCGUCUUUCAAGACCUCGGUGUACCCUGGCUACGACACGCAGUUCGAGCUUUAUACCCUUCCUCAGCGCUUUACUUUUGAGGAGCGAUUUCAGGAGCCAAUUGUAAAUUUUGAGGACGACGCAUUCGGAUUCCCUCAGGGAUCCUCUUCUUUCUCUCGCAUGAGUUAUUUAUAUAGUCACUAG